AUGAAGCCCUAUCUUUCUGGAUUAGCACUCUUCCUCCUGGUGAUCUCAUUGCCUUCAGGGAAUGGUUUAUUUGGAAAUGAUGGAGUAGAAUUUCGCACUUGUACUGCACUUAAGGGCUUAUGUUUCUUCGGUUGUAAACCUGGAUGGAAAUGGAUUGCAUUCUGUCACAAUGUAUUAUCUUGUUGUGUGAAAAAGAAAGAAAAUAUCCCCCCCCAAGUCAAUGAAAUGUGGUGGACCAAUUAA